AUGAGCAAUCAUCGAUUCAAAAGUACACAAAAGAGAUCAGCUGAAUCAGAACCGUUAAUCAAUAAAAUCACUCAGUAUGUUGCUGUCAUUGGCGUCGGCAGCCCUACAACUAAUUACAGCCUCCUAGUUGAUACAGGCUCAUCCAACACAUUUGUUGGUUCUUCAAAGGCUUACGUGAAAACUCCUACCUCGGUUGAUCUUAAUAGCACGUUUGCUAUUAAAUAUUCAGUUAGUAAUGCAACUGGCGAGCUUUAUAAGGACAGCGUUACGAUUGCAUCGCUGGUCAUACCGGCUCAAAUAAUCGGCGUCGCUAAUGCGACCAUCAGCGAACUGAGUGGUCUCGAUGGUAUACUUGGCGUAGGUCCCAGCGAUCUAACCCAGGGUACAUCCCCGUACGCAAAAACUAUUCCAUCCGUUCUUGAAAAUCUUUUCAGCCAAAAACUUAUACCAUCAAAUGUGUUUGCUCUAUCUUUCCGCCCCAGCACCGGAGAAGAAGAAAUGAAUGGCGAGAUCACACUGGGAGGCAUUGAUAGCAGUAAAUUUACCGGCGCUAUUUCUUACGUACCUCUUAGCAAAACUUUACCAUCAACCUUAUAUUGGGGGGUUGAUGCUUCUGCUCACUAUGGACCUGGAAAAACUCCCAUCUUCAAUUCUACAGCUGGUAUCGUAGAUUCAGGAACAACGAUGAUUGAGUUAGGCACCUAUGCAUACAAAACCUAUCAAAUGGUUACUGGUGCAGUUCCAGAUGUUAAAACUGGUCUUCUCGCCUUAAACGCAGCUCAAUUUAGUGCUCUACAAUCGCUCUACUUUAAUAUCGGAGGGAAAGCAUAUGAAGUUACUGCAAAUGCUCAAAUCUUUCCCCGGAAAUUCAACUCACUGAUUGAUGGAGAUGUUAAUAAGAUUUAUCUCAUUGUCGGUGAUCUCAAAUCGGCACCUAGCUCAGGAAUGGACUUUAUCCUUGGACAGACAUUUCUGGAACGAUACUACUCUGUGUAUGAUACCAGUAAUGCACGAAUUGGUCUUGCAACAACAGAAUACACUCUGGCAACCUCCAAUUAGCG